UGUAAUGUCCUGAAAUUGUAUUUAUGAUGACAUGGCCAAAUUAAAUUUAUUUUCCGUUAAUACACAGAAAUCGUGUACUCUGUAUAACAAGAAUAAUUAUAUUGUAUCGGAACCUGUGAUUUUAAUAAUUGUGGUUAGCAUUGAAAAAAUAUAAUAAGCUUGAAUUAUAUGUGUUCAUUGAAUAUCUUGUUAAAAGUCAUUCUUUUGUUACAUAUCGUGUUUAAUAGCUAUAAAAUUAAAGACACAAAAUGUGGAACUAUAAUUUGUUAAUUUUGUUUUGUUUAUCUUUUGGAUGUUUAGUGGGUUUAUCACGAUGUGGAGUCUUUAAUAAAAGAGAACGAUUGAAAUUUGCUUAUCCAAAUUUGAUAAAAAAUUCAAUAGAAGCAAAGUUUAAAAAGUUUAAAACUGAAAUUUAUAAUAGGGAUCAACAAUUACUUAAAUUGAGUCACAACUUGAUUAAUUCAUUGGAACACACUGUGGAAAAAUUUAAAUUAGCUAAUUCUACGACGGGGUUAGAUGUUCUUCACAAUGGACAGUUGGAUAUCUUUAAGAAAAGAUUACAACUAAUUUUUCCUGGUACCAAAUGGUGUGGCGACGGGGACAUAGCAAAAUCAGACUCUGAUUUAGGAUUUUAUAGUAAAGAAGACAGUUGCUGUAGGCAACAUGACAAAUGUCCCUCAGUAAUUCAAAGCGGAAAAUCUUUACAUGGCCUUAGUAAUCAGGGUUUAUUCACUAGAUUGCAUUGUGAUUGUGACAAACUGUUUUAUAAAUGUUUACAAUCAAUACAUUCGGUGUUAUCUACGGGUUUGGGUGUAACAUAUUUUACUCUGCUUAGACCUCAAUGUUUUAAAGAAUCAACCGAAAUCAAAAAUUGUGCACGAAUGGAGAGUGGGCGAUGUGUUCAGUAUGUAUUCAAUAAUGCCAGCAAUUUGAGUUAUCAAUGGUUUGAUACUCCAGUAUUUCACUUGGAAAAGUAAUAUUUGACAAUUUAAUUUUUAAUUUAAUUUCUUGCAAAAAAUCACAAAGCUAAAUUAAAUUUUUUAUAUUAUUUUUAUAACUAUACAAAUUUUUGCUAAUAAAAUAUACUUACUUUA